AGACUCCAAGUGAAGCAGCCGCAGGACAGCAUCAGAACUCAUGACAGGGUGCAACAGAAACCCAGAUGCAACUUGAUGCUUGACGCUCUGCUGUAAUACAUCAAUGUGAUCAAAUGACAUCGAAGAAAGUGUAAGGUUCUCUAGUUACACUGUCUUUGUCUGCCGGCAGCUAAGCCCCUGAGAUUGUCACCGAGAAUCUUGGUCAGGAUGUACGGACGAAUCCUUCAUCCGCACAGCCCCGAUGAUUGCUUUAUUAAUGUCAAUGUUGGUGGUUUCAAACAGCGAAUGGAGCACGGCGUUCUGAAUCGAUUCCCACAGACACGUUUGGGUCGCCUCCUGUGUUGCAGCUCCAAAGAAGCAGUCCUGGAGCUCUGCGAUGACUUCACUCCCUCGGAAAUGGAGUACUACUUUGACCGCAAUCCACGUUUCUUCUGCUACGUUAUCAACUUUUACCUCACAGGCAAAAUCCAUCUGGUGGAAGGGUUGUGCGUGGUGUCGUUCGUCCAAGAGAUUGAGUAUUGGGGCAUCAAGGAGCGCCACCUGGACUACUGCUGCAGCAACAAAUUCUAUGAACUGAUGCAGCUUGCUGAAGAUAAGAGCUGGGAUCAGAGAAGUGAUGAGUUGCAAAGUUCAGGCUCAUCUAUCGAGGAGCUGUCAGUUUUGAAGGAUGACAUAGAAAUGUUUGAAGGCUCCUGGUGUGCUGAUGUUCGCAGGAAUAUCUGGAUUCGACUUGAGGAUCCAGCCUACUCUACUUCAGCCAAAGUGAUGGCUGUAGCAUCCCUGAGUGCGGUCAUUGUCUCAAUUGUUGCCAUGUGCGUCCACAGCAUGCCGGACUUCAAUCAAGUGGAUCACAAUGAGAGGGAGAUUGAAAACCCCAUUCUGAAUUUCUUUGAGAACCUCUGUGUUCUGUUCUUUUCUGGAGAGUUUCUUCUUCGUCUGGCUGUUGCACCGUCAGCCAGGAAGUUCUUGUGCAGCCCUCUCAAUAUCAUCGACCUAAUGUCAAUUAUGCCCUUCUAUUUUACUUUAGCUUGUGAUUUAAUGGCUGAUAGUGAGAACACAGACCUCGAGAAUGUUGGAAAAGUGGUGCAGAUCUUGAGGUUGAUGCGAGUAUUUCGCAUCCUAAAACUGGCUCGCCACUCAUCGGGCCUUCGCUCUCUCGGCGCUACACUGCGAAACAGCUCCAGUGAAGUAGGGCAGCUGGUGCUUUUCUUGUCUGUGGGCAUUUCAAUGUUUUCUGCUCUCAUUUACUAUGUGGAGAAUGAAUCUCAAGAGUCAGAGCUGCAGACUAUGCCUAUUGGCUGGUGGUGGGCCACCAUUAGCAUGACUACAGUGGGCUACGGGGACACUUUCCCUGUUACACCAGCUGGGAAGCUGGUAGGAUCCGUGUGCAUCCUCUGUGGGCUGCUGAUCGUGGCUCUGCCCAUUACCAACAUCUUCAAUAAAUUCUCCAAGUUCUAUGAGAGGCAAAAACUGAUAGAAGCUAAAGCUGAACCCUCUACAGCAAGUACAGGAGUGUUACCAAGCAGUGAGUCUUAAGUUGGGUCUGUGGCACUCAGUCAGGGGUCCGUUAAUACGUUUGGCCAAGGAAAAGAGAUUAGCAGAGGGAUUUUAACUGUGAUAAAUGGCUUAGAAUUCAAAGGUCAAGCAAGUGUUUUUCUUGUGUAGUGGCAAAUAUCUUCAUGGACUAAGGACGUUUUUGACAUUUUGGGAUUUUUGCUUAAUCAUUUUCUUGUUUUCAGUUAAAUAAAAAGAGUGAACAUUUGAACUUCCCAACCAUGUAAAGUAAAUAAGAGAUUACAUUUUUUAUUAGGCCAACCCGGGAGAUUACAUCACACUAGUUCCCUCCCUGAAAAAACAUUGGAAUUUUCCAUUGGAUUUUUGCAAUAUCGUGAGCUCUCUAGUAAACAAAGUUAAUGAAACGUACACGUGCUGUUCAGCCUGAUAAUCUACACAAAUGACACCACAGUCACAUGACAUUGUGUCAUUGCUUUUAAGCCUAAUGUGAGCUAUAGUGUUCAGUUUGCUAAGGUUUAAAAGCCAUAUUUAGCACUUGAUAGCAAAAAAGGGUGAGAGGGGGGGUUAUUUAUUCAAGGUAUUUCUAUUCUACAGAGCUUAUUUCAGGCAUCAAACCAAAAAGAAAUUGACAGUCUCGUCAAAGGAACCAACUGAUCUGGAAAAAUGUAACUGGCACCACUAGCCUGUCACCCUAUUUUAAGCCUAAUAAGAGUAGAAACAGGUGAACAUGGCUAAAGCUUUGUCCAAACGUAAGACAUCCAACUACCAGCAUAUUUCUUGGCCAGCGGACACUCCAGGUAGUAACUGGCCCUUGCCAGGAAAUAGUCUUCCACAUUUCCCCUGUUAAUUAGCACAGUAGUAGAUCAGAUUAAUAAAAUAUAUUAAGUUUAAACAAAUAAACAUGUCAGUUAGUAAACUUUAUAGGUUAAUGUGGCUAAAUAUUUUUGCCGGAUGGUAGCUCCUGGCUGAGCUAAGCAAAGCUAACAGGGUGCUAGCUCCAGCUAUGUACACAGUUAUUGUCAGAAAGGGGAGUUGUAUCAAUUUAAUCAUCUGACAUAGUCUUAGUCUGUUACAAUUUGAUAAUGCAUUUAAUGGCUUUAAACUUUGCAUUGCAUUUGGGUUCAAUUGUCCAUACUCUCAAAUAGUCUGUCACAUUCUUGUAUUUACUGCGAGUUUACAAAACUCUGAUUGUGUGCGCACCAAAAAGUAUGAUGCAGCAUUCUGUAGUUGUUCAAGUCCUUUGUCCAUAAAUGCCUGUCUCCAUUUCAGUUCUCAUCUGCUAUUGGUCCAUGUGUCUUAUUCUUGUCUCUGUUGUAUUUAGUUUUAAUUGCAUAAUUGCAUAAUCCAACAAGAGGCUUCUCUUUUGCUGAGUCAUCAGUGUAAUUAGUCCUUAAUCAAUGUAUACGUCAAUAAAAAUCCUUUCAAGUUGCUGAAUUCACAAUUCAUCCCAUGAUGAGUA